AUGGCGGAUACUCUAGGCGGCAGUCAGGUGUCUGAAACUGCAUCAGAACCUGGAAUAAAAAGUCCUGAGCAUUCUAUGUCUCCGGAAAGUGUUACUGAUACAACACCAACAACCCAACCAAAAUCCCAGCCACCAAAAAGACGCGGAAAAGGUAUAGCUUAUACCCAAUGUAUUUUUUCUUAUUAGCUGAAUACAUGUAGAUUGUAAAGUUAUGAGAUUGUAGGUAUCCAUCGCCUCAGCCGGAUCGUUCUUCUUAAUGGUCAGAUCGUUCCACAAUUUAGUCAGAACUUUUCACAAGUCUUUAAGCUACGAGCAAAACGAGGGCGUUACUCGUGUAUGUAUACCUCGUUCUUGCUGCAGUGUAAUAGACCUUGUCACGGUUUUCGACGCCAUCUUGACGAGUAGGCAAACGCGUGAAAAAUUACAGUGUUUGUAUGAGAAUCUAAUGUCGAAUAAUUUCCGUAAAACGGCUGUUCUGUAAAAAAAAUCAAUUGUAAACUAAAGCUACAAAGAAAAGGAUUGUCCUAAAAAUUUUGGGGGCGUACCUGUGCUUAAAUUUCUCCGGAGGCUUGCUUUAGCUUUUCCAUAUAUUUGUCUGUAAUUUUCCCGGGACUUUCUUACCGACAAAUGUAUAGAAAAUUUUAAAAAGUGGUUCUAGGUCUUCUAGUGCAUGAAACACCCUCAAAUUUUUUUAGGAGAAUCGUUAGGAGUGCGAAGCUUUAAAGUUUACCAGUCAUAUUUUUUUCAGAACAGCCGUUCUACGGAAGUUAUUCGACAUUAGAACUGUAAUUUCUCACGCGUUUGCCUACUCGUCAAUAUGGCGUCGAAAACCGUGACAAGAUCUAUUAAAAAGUGAAAAAAGUGUUUUACACUGAAACUGUGGCAUGAUCUGGCUACGAUCUGGCUCAGAAUAAUCUGGCCAUGGAACAAAGUGAUGGUAAAACAGAUUGUUUAUAGCCAAUAUAUCAGAACUUCACUCCUGGAAUCAAUUCAAUUUGAAUUAUACAACCUAAAAAACUUUCUGCCUUCUGUUUAGCCCCCGACUUACCUGUUCAUGAAAGAAGGAAUUGGCUAAUACACUUACACUACAUAAGGAAAGAAUACAAUCGAUGUAAGGUGAGUUGUAAAUGAUGUUUUUUAUGAUCCAUACAGUAUUCCAAGGGUAUUAAAGUUCAUUCAUGUUGUUUCAUCAGCAAUUAACCAUCGUUAUUCUUUCAGGCUCUCGUAAGUGACCAACUUCAGGAAACCCAAGGAAUGUGUGAAUAUGCUCUGUAUGUACAAGGUACAUGUAAAGGAACAAUCUGGGGGUAUUUAGUUCAGGAAACCCAAGGAAGGUGGGAAUAUGCUCGGUAGGAACUAGGUACAUGUAAAGGAACAAUCUGGGGGUAUUGGAGUGGGUGGCGGGGGGGGGGGCGCAGAAAAUUAGCUCUUGUAAUAAUAUUGUGGAUUUCAAAUGACAGAUCCAGACAUACACACAAAUCCAUUUCUAGGUUUGUUCAUGACAUGUUGAGAAAUCUGGAAAAUGUGGGUUUGAGGUCCAGAUUUUUUGUUGAUCAAUGUACCCCUUAAGUGUACAUUGCGUUGUACUGUACUGUUAACUGCUCUUUUUUUUUCUUUUAUUGUGAAAAAUUGUUUCAGAGAGUGGCUGGACUACUAAAUACCAUUCAGAUAUUCACUACAUUGCAUGCAUACAUCUAUAUUUAUUAAGUACAAUUUAUGUCUAGUGACAGCAACCUUUUAAAGAACAGAAUAAGAAAAUGUGAUAUUUUAAUAUUUUCCUUUGCUGUUUUAUUCCUUUUAUUUUAUAUAGCAUUAAUUCUGCGUCAGGAAGGACAAAUUCAAGAAUCAUUAGAUCUCUUCCAAAGGACUGUGCAAAUCAACCCCCAAAGUGCAGACAAUCUAAAGCAAGUGGCAAGAUCCCUGUAAGUCUUCACUGCUCUGUUAAAUGUCUAAUCAUAGCUAUAACUAAAUUGUCAAAUCUGAUUGGCUAUCAACUGCCCUGAUUUCAGCCUUAAUUGGACAGUUUAAUAGGACAGUGCGUGUCAUGCCUAAGUAAUUGGACAGUACGCGCCAUCACGCGCGCGCUAAAUGGCUUUUUUUUUCACUGCUAGCAAAACAAAAUUUCAAAUUUCUUGUGUUUUGAUGUAAAAAAUAGCCUAUUAUAUCACAAAUUUUGUUAAAGUUAUGAUUAAUUGGUAACAGAACUUCCUGUCGUCCAAUUUGGUCUGUAAUCAUACUCAUGAUUAAACAAAUCGGACUCCCGCUAAAUAAUGGGUCGUUAGUAAUAAUUAUUGUUUUUGUGUUCUCAAUCCUUCAUGCAUGUAAAUUGAACAAUUAAGUACUUUGUAAGUUCCAUAUACAUGUACUGUUGAUAAUCCAUUGACAGAUUAGCCUUGCUAAUGGCAAUCACGUCAACAUGCAUGCACAACAAAGCCUCUAGAAAUUCAGCCUCUAGUUUCCCUGCAGAAACCUGUAUGGAUGCAAGAAAUUUUGGUCAUGCAUGAUGUCAGUGUACACCCAUCCAACCCUCUGCCUAUAUAGACCCUGGUGAAAGGGAAGGGGGGUGGUGGGGGGGAGUGUGUAUGGAAGGUAUAACAAGAAUCCCAGAUAUGCAGCUUGCAUUUGUGGUGGCUGGGUUAAAUUACAGAUUUUCAUGGCACUUGCUUUUUAUAAUCUCAGGACUUCUGCUUGGAGAUGUAUUUUUGACAAGUUGAAGAUUAAAACAACCAUGUGAAAUAAUUGUCAGAGUGAUCACAAGCCUAGAGUUAUAGCUUUCUCAAACUGAUCAUUGGGAAUAAUUCAUAAAGAAAUACAUAAAGAAAUUCGUGUUUUCUCGAGUGUGUGGAAAUCAGAUCAAAAACUGUUUAUUGCAUCUUUACAUGAACGUUUCUUCUGAAAAUUAAUCCUUUUACAGUGGACUUACAUGUAAAGAGUAAUAUGUAUGAAAUGCAUUCGAGUUUCAAGGUGUUUGAAAUUGCAAUGAGAUAACCCAUCAAGAUUUUGAUGGGUUAUCUCAUUUUAAUAUCAAGCACCUUGAAACUUGACUGCAGUUCAUACUUUCAACCAUACAUGUAGCUCUUCUAUAAAGUGUUUAAUGUAUAGUGAUGAAACACAGUCUCUUGUUUGAUAUAUUACAUGUACUUUGAGUAACUUUUUCAUUAACUAUGCCAUGUUGAUAUUAACAACUUGGUUAACCUCUUUAGCUUCCUUCUUGCUCGUCACAAAGCUGCACUCGAAGUGUACAAUGAGGCUGCAAAACUAAGCACCAAAGACUGGGUAUGUAUGCAGUCUUUGUAAUACACAUUGUUCAACUUUUUGGUGAGCUGACAUUUAGAUUUAAAACAAAUUUAGGACACCAAAACAAGCCCAGCUACAAUCAACCACGAAAUAAAUUGUUGACAGAGACAUUGUUCUCAAAUAGGGUAACUUCAGGGAACAAAAGAUUUGACACCCCUCCCCUGUCCCGUCCAUUCAAAGUUGGGGUGUUUGUUGUUUUCUAUGGGUAGCUCAAACAGUUGCACAACAUUGCAUGGAAGGGAUGGGGGAGCAAAAGCUAUAUUUCCCCCUUUUGAAGUCAGUAAAACGUAAAAAAGCCCUGGCAGUUUAGGGCAAAGUGUCUCAACUCAUUUUGUUGCCAAUUGCAAUGUACAACUGUAGGUCUCAACAGAGGCACGUCAAAUUAUUCCCUAAUUUUACUUGCCACCUUUUGUUUACACUUGCUUAUUUUUGUGUUUGAAAAGAUUUAACUAAAGUUUCAUUUUUUUGCAAUAUUUUCAUUUUAGGAAAUCUACCAUAAUCAAGGUAAGACUAUUUGUCUGUUGAUCGAUUUGACAUUGUUAAUGUUGUUGUUUUUGUUACAUGUAGUACGUAAUAAUUAUUGAAUGAUAAUUUUGUGUUAUUAAGCAUGUAAAAAAAGUCAUGUUUGAUGGCCUGGGGUUAGUGGAUUUUGCGACGGCAGGCUAGUGAAUUCUGUUCUUAACUUGGCCAACAGGCAAGUAAAGUUUGUUAGAAUUCAAAUUACAGAUUAAAUUUCUGUGUGACAAAUAAUUAUUGUUGAAAUUCAAUAAAUUCAUGUGGAUUAAAAACUGGUUUUAAGAUCAUCAGACAAAGUGAAAUUAUUAAUUUUCCAUUUUUUUUGGUUCCAUAAUAGCAAGUAAUUAACUAACUAAUGGUGUAAUCAGUUAAUUAACUAUUAAUCCUGUGUGUCAAAAUUUAUUCUGGCUAGUUAAAAUGACUCUUUUGCUAGGACGUACAGUGUACUUGCUACAUCUUGUCAGAAUGGCAAGGUUAAAGCUGACUUUCUUUGCACUGUGGUUGUCUUAAGUACAUUGUAUGAGAGAUUUGUUGAGAAUACCCUUCUUUGGCCUUGGUGGAUUUAACAACUCCUUUAUCUACAUAAUUCCUCAUACAGCGUAUCAUAUUCAGCCUCAUGCAAUAACAAUUGAUAAGUAUGAAAAAAGUGACCAAGUCAGUGGUUGAGUUGAUAUUUACCAGUAUUUGUCUGUAUGACACUCCAUCAUUUAUUACAUUGUAUGCUGUACCACUUUAUUGAAUGUCAUGAAUUUGUUUCUCAUAUUGAUCCUUUAUUAGGUGUUUGCUAUAUGUAUCUGAAGGAUUUUGAAAAGGUGAGUGUACUGAUAUAUUAUUAUUUUGACUAACUCCACACACUUAAACAAGAUAAAUAAAACAAAUUAUCCUCAUGUAAUCCCCAGGACACUGCAACACCCAUAGCCUGACAAAAAAAAUGGACAUUUUGCAAUGUCACUAGACUUUCUAAAAGUCCUUAAUUUUUUUCUCCUGGAUGGUUAUGCCAUUCUAAUGGACUUUUCAUACCUGUUUGGCAUGAAAUUCACCGGUCAAAAAUUCUACUGGUGACAUCGUGACAAUUGACCAAUAGGACAGUGAGUGAUAAAUUAUUUACACCGCUCCCGACACAGGAUACAGUGUAUGUCAAUCAUUUUUUUCCAGCGUGAGUUUAUGAUAUAAUUCAAAUCCAUUCAGGCAAAAUAAGUCGACCUUGAGACUUCGUCGCUUGCUCAGUGGCUGCGUUACCUCAUGCAUUGAAAGCUCGCUUUGCACACUUUUAAGAACUUAUGAGAGGUCGACUUGUAGACUUGCAGUGUCACCAGUGAUUCCCUGCAUAAUGACGUCUGAGGAUCAACAGCAGGGAAACUGCUGGUGGCACCGCAAAAUUCUGCCUCGUGUCUCAGGCUACAACACAAACUGGCACCAAUAAUUUAAGUAUGAAUUUUAUAAAUUGAAUUUAAUUUAAUACCUACAUGUAAUUGGCAGGUUCAAAAAAUUAAAAUAUAUAGUAUUGAAAAAAUUCAUGAAUACUUCAUACAUAGUAUUACAUUAUGUCUCUGUGCAGCAAAGUGUAUUAUCCAGUACAAGUAUCCAGAUUUAAAUUUUAAAGGAUUGAUAUUAUUAACAUUCACUGUCAUUGUAGGCUAAAGAUUGCUUGAAGCAUGCUUUGCAGUACCACCGCCAUGAUGCUUCGUUCAUUCAGCUUGGGAAAGUUCUUCUCUUAGAGGGUGACACGGAAUCAGCCAUUGAUAUUUUCAAAAGAGCAAUAGAGUAAGUUCCAGUUCUUAUAAUUUAUGCUUAUAAUUAUAAUGUACAUUGUUCAUAAUAAAUUUUAUAUACAUACUAUAAGUGAGGAUGAUGCGUAAGUGAAACACAUGCAAAAAUAUGAGUGCGUGGUUUGGGAAAAGGGAGUGGUGGUGGAAAAAAAAGAAGGCUCUGCCCUUCCUCUCCCAGUUUCCUCCCAUUUUAUUGUCAUAUUUGGGCUUUCUCCAUUUCGUGGACCCGACUAUCUCAGAACCUGGAACAGGCUAAUAUGACAUGAGAAGGGGUACUUCUUCCACGACUUACAAUGUACUUCAUUCAAAUUCCAAAGAGUUUGCAAAACUAUAGCUGCACUUUCAAAUGGAUGCAAUGUGGUCCCAGAAAUAUCUAUACCCACUUUACGAAGGAGGUGGGGCAGUGAAUGGUAAUUCAGUGGGUGAAAGCCCAUACCUUUAUAGGACAGUGGAUGGUGGAGCCAUUUAUAAGUACCAAGGGCCCAAUGGUCAGUAGUACUUCCUCUCCUUAAACUGCAAGAAGAUUUUAGCCAAUUAUUUUGUUAAUAUCUUUGUUCAUCAUUAACAAUUUGAGCUUUUGCUGUAUCUGCAGAUUUUCACCUGAAAACCCUGACUUAAUGACUACACUGGGUCUUCUUUACCUUCAGGUAAAUAAAUGGUACUGUACAGUGUACAUGAGAAAGCUUGAUUAACUAUUAUUAUUAUUGUUAUUGUUUCCCUUAAACUACACUGUACUGUUUCUUGCAUUGCAAGAUAAAUAUUAAAUAAUUUUGUUUUUUCACUGUCUACAUGUAUCUUUCAGCUGGGACAGACCUCAAAAGCUUUUGAGCAUCUUGGGAAUGCCUUAACUUACGACCCAAGUAAUGUGAAGGUACAGAUAUAAGCCUACAUUGUAAAAUAAACUGUUUCCUCACAAUUAGGUCUAUACUUGUACUAUAGUUAAGAUUAGUUUUUGAGUCCACUUGCAAAGUUUUGAUAGUAAUAAUUUUUUCUACAAGCAGUUAGUAAAUAGGCCACUUGCCCCAAGCCUCUUUGUACAUAAUAAUGCAGAGAAGACAAUGGGUCAGUUAUUUAAACUACGUCUAACUUAGACUGCGGUUUAUGAAAUCUUUGAACUUCCGAAUCUCUUCCUUAGUGGGUUAUGUUAAGAGGGCAAUAUAUGGUCUAUAUUAUAUGCAUUAAUGAAACUGUUCACGAUAGAUGGUGUUUACAUAAAAGUGUUUGGCGAACUGAUGGUGGAUUAGAACACGGUUUUGUUAAACACUGGCCAAACUCCGUUUAAAUAACUGGCCCAGUGAGUUGAGGGAAAACCUAGUCAUGCACGUAAAAAACUAAGAUUAACCAUUUUCCCGAAAGUGAGAUUCUAAAUCUCUCGUAUCAUGGGUAAACAAAAAGGCGAUGCUAAAGGGUCCUCUUAUUUUUUGCGGUGCUGUAGUUCACCUGGAACAGUCAUCAUCUGGCCUCAGUUGCUUAAUGUGGAUAAUGCUGUCCACCGGAUAGCCUGCGUAGUGUCCUCGAGAUUUCUUCCUUCGCCCUAAAAAACAAAUAAGUGCCUGCUACGCAGGCUAUCCAGGGGAUAAAUCCCUAUCCAGUGGAGAACGCAAUUAGUCUCCCUAAUACAGCUAUUUCGAGAAAGAUUGUCGGAAAAAGUGCACGCGACAACCCCGAAAGGUAUGGUGGGUGUUUUUGAGUUCACUGUUCUUCGAAGAAAUUUGAAAGAAUGGCACAAGAAGCCAUGGACCUAUGUUUGCGAGUGCAAAAGGAAAGCAACAAAAGUAAGUUCGACAGCUGCAGUGUCAGGAACAGCGUAUUGAUCAUAUCCCAUAUUACCUUUCGGUUUUGUCGCGUGCACAUUUUUUGCGACAACCUUUCUCGAAAUAGCUGUAUAUUUAUCCGCUGGAUGGCGCUAUCCAACGUUUUAACAACCAUAGUCUGGUUAGCAAACCUGAGGCUGACCGUACACUCAUUUUACCAUCUCCUCUCUCCAUCAGUGCUCCGUUUUACAGGUAUUUAAAUAUUCAUGGAAAGGAAAUAAGUGAAACAAGGAUUUGAGCUCACACCUGGAAAUCGAAUUUGCGUACAGAUGGCCAAAUGUGCCAGUCCUUGUUUCUUGCUUUCUGGUUCAUUGUAUCUUUGAGAAAAAGGCUGACAGAGUUUCGUUUUCCUAUUCCAGGCUAUUCUAGGAGCAGGUUCCAUUAUUCAGUCACAUGGUGACUACGAUGUUGCUUUGACAAAGUACAGGAUCGCCGCUUCCGCCACACCCGAGUCACCUCACUUGUGGAGCAACAUUUCUUUGGUUUUACUUCUGAUUGGAUGAAAAGGUGGCGCGAAUCUUUUAAGCCAAUCGCAUCGUGUAGAAAGUGCAAAACCAAUUACUUUUCGACACUCAAAUGAAAACCGCUCUAUUCCAUCUUGUUUAAUCAGUCAAAUGUUGGCAAAUUUCUUUGGAGUUGAAUUCUAAAGAACGGUAUCAAAGUUCAGGAAAAGAAAAGGAAAAUUGUUGUUUUGCGUUCCCGUCCUCGACAAAAUGUGAAAUUAGGCAUUUCCAUGUUGGAAGUCGUGCAACGACGGCUAAAAAAUGUACCAAAAAGCGUGAUGCAAAGUUGUUGUUUUGCCAAUCUAAACCUCUUGGUUUUUUUCCGUUCUCGUUGACGUCGCCGUUGUCGUUGCUUAAUCCAUUAAGUCCCAAGAUUGACUGGUCAACAUCAAUUUUCUCAAUACAUUAUCAAAAGAAAAGGUUAUGAGAUUUAAUAAAAUGAUCACCUCAGGGAAAAUGCUUUGAUCCUUUAUCAAAUUCUCUCAAUUGAAUCUUCAAGAAAUGUAUGGAGAUCAAUGUGGAGAAUUGGUAUGUUGAAAUUGAGUAGAGCAUCUGGACUGGUAACCAGAAGGUCAUAGGUUUAGCUCCUGUUGGGAGUUCUCGGAUUUCUUCUUCCAGCCGCCUGUGUCUUUGAUUGAAUAAACAUCUUUCUCAUGUAUUCACCAGACUUAAACUUCACCUUCACAUUACUAUCAUUACGUGUCAGUAAGUUUGAACAAGUAACGGUCUUUAUUAUAUAUAGCUGAAUCCGCGUGCGGGCAGGAUAAAGCGAAUCCUGUCGUCUGAUUGGCUACCCGAGGGGGCUAGAUAGGCCUACAUUGCCCACUGGGGAUUUCACGAGUUGGUACAGAACGAAAAUCUUCUCUUUGUGGCCAUAUGAUUAGUCCUUUAUUGAACACUGUUGUUUAGUCAAAAUGGGUGGAUAGUGGCCUCGUUCUUGGCCAUUAUCUGAGAUUCAUCUUGACCUCUGGCUUGGUCAGUAAGUCCAUAAACUAGAUAUUGAAUAUGAGAUUGUUCUGUAACACCAGCACUGUGUAGGAGAUAACUCGACAGCAUCUGUAGUCUACCCGAAGCUCGUACCACCAUAUUAUGAGCUGUGUAGCUUCUGAAAUACAGUCUGUAACUGGCAUACAAAUUGUACCAUGCCUCUUUGAAGCUACUCCUCUCCUCUAAAACCAGUAACAUGGAAAAAGUAAUAGCUUUUUUGUCAUCAUUUCAAACAUGACCCAAAACACAAGCUCUUUGUGACAGGAGAGGGGAAGGGUUUAAGAGGAAAGUUAGUCAAGGUAAUAAUUUAUAGCAUUGCUUUCUAAACGUUUGCCGAACUAAUUGUGUAAAUUUUUUAAAAUUUUGAAACUGCAUGGCGAUCUGUUCCAACUGACUUUUUUAUGAUUGUUUUUUAGGCCAUCAGUUGUCUCAAACGUGCUACAUACAUGGCACCAUUUGAAUGGAAAAUUCUCUACAACUUGGGAAUCAUUCACCUCACAAUGCAACAGUAUCCUUUGAAAGUACUGAGUGUCAUACCGUUUUUUUUUGUUUACUGAUAAGUUAAGUUUGAGGCUAGUCAUAUACAAUCAAACCCCGCUGUACGGACACCUCGUUAUUACAUGUUGGUAGUUCUCUUUCAUCGCGUUGAACACAGACACCCAUUAAUGCCGACAGCAGACACUAAUUUCUUGUUCAAUUGAGAGAUUCUCAUAGAAAAUGAAAGGGCUAUGUCUUGAAGGUAUUGCUGUUUUAUGUCAAUUCUGCCCUGAAGUGCCUUAUUAUCCCUGCACAAAAUGCCUCAUUAGAGCUCCGAGGAAGAUAUUGAAUACAGCCGAACCUCCGCUAACGGCCACUUUUUUUUCGUCCCGGCGGACAAAAAAAUCCAUACAUUGACUCUUGUUUAAAACCUCUCUACAAUGGCCACUUUUUUCUGUCCCCAAGGUGGCCGUUGUUGUCUGGGGCAUGGCAUUAAAACUUGAAAAGGUUGGCCCAACUGCUCUGCGUUUCAAUCCAUGUCCACCCUUGCCAUCCAUUGCAACAGACAACAGGAAACACUUUCAAUGCCUAAAUAUGGUCUUAAAUAACAAAAAUGGACCAUUUCUUUUUUAAUUCAGUUGUUGCGAAUUUUUUUCUUUUAAAAUAGCAAAUAACUUGUCAUAGUCACUCUUACCCUGCUAAAAUCACAUUGCUUACUGCGUGCUGUAAUGAGCCCUACUUGUUUUAAAGGCAAAGAUUGAUUUGAUUUGAUUUGAAAGCUUCGGAUGACAGCGUGUUGAUCCAUCCCUUGGAUAGUACUAGCUACCUUUUUGGACAAGUGGGGCCAGGUGUAUUCACAGUGCAGGCCUAUUUAGACAGCUAGCAGUCACUUAUUUUUCUUUUGAGUCACAGUAGAUCGAGACAACGUGGUGGGGGAGGGGUGAGGUUGGGGACUAUCUCUCCUGCUUUUAACCAUUAGUGUGCAUGAUUUUAUUUUUCCGCUCGCUGCGCGUGUCUCUCAGGAAGAGGGACGACUACUCGUGGUCUAAGGCUUUCGCAAACCUGCGAUCAAGCUGUCGUUCCUUCGACUUCCUUUGUUCUGCUGCAGACUUAAGCGCUCCUACGAGAAGAAAGUACGCCUAUAGCAGGUUACAAAAGUUCCCUUCCGUGCCUCUUUUGGGUUUCUCGGACUCGUCUGCACUCCAGUUAUUUUGGUUAAAUAGAAAACUGUUACCUCUCAGAAAAAUGCCUAAAGAUCAGGGCCAUAAGAGGAAUCUUGAACUUGUGCCAUCCAAGAAGAGUAGACCCAAAACGUUUGUCCUUGACAUCAUGUUUUUCAGAUAUGCCUCUGCUUUUCAUUUUCUUAGUGCAGCGAUUACGCUCAAACCAAAACAUGGCCAUCUUUUCAUGUUGCUGGCAAGUAAGUACCCCUUUUCUCCGUGUGAAUACGCGUGCAUUUAGGCAACAUCGGCUGAAGCCAGAUUAUUUUUUUCAGUAAAUUACAUGAAGAACAGCUUAGUCCAACUUUGCUUUGUUGUAACAUAAAUAAUCAGAACUUGGAUGUUUUGAACCCGAGUCAUGUGCUUCAUAACCUACAUCCAGAAUUUUCAGCAGUUCUACAAAGUUUAGUUGGGUUCUGCUCCAGUAUCGUUACGUUAAGAGAAUAAUAUAAAAUGCGUUGUGUAAACCUCAUAAGGUGUUUAUUCUGGCUUCACCCGAUGUUAUCUAAUGCCAACCAUCUGUUAAAGUAGGGGCCUGUAGUGGUCGCGUAUUCCAUCUCCAGAGCUGGGGCCCGUUUCUCGAAAGAAUCUGGAAUAGUAGCAAAGUUCGUGGCUNUAAAGAUCAGGGCCAUAAGAGGAAUCUUGAACUUGUGCCAUCCAAGAAGAGUAGACCCAAAACGUUUGUCCUUGACAUCAUGUUUUUCAGAUAUGCCUCUGCUUUUCAUUUUCUUAGUGCAGCGAUUACGCUCAAACCAAAACAUGGCCAUCUUUUCAUGUUGCUGGCAAGUAAGUACCCCUUUUCUCCGUGUGAAUACGCGUGCAUUUAGGCAACAUCGGCUGAAGCCAGAUUAUUUUUUUCAGUAAAUUACAUGAAGAACAGCAUAGUCCAACUUUGCUUUGUUGUAACAUAAAUAAUCAGAACUUGGAUGUUUUGAACCCGAGUCAUGUGCUUCAUAACCUACAUCCAGAAUUUUCAGCAGUUCUACAAAGUUUAGUUGGGUUCUGCUCCAGUAUCGUUACGUUAAGAGAAUAAUAUAAAAUGCGUUGUGUAAACCUCAUAAGGUGUUUAUUCUGGCUUCACCCGAUGUUAUCUAAUGCCAACCAUCUGUUAAAGUAGGGGCCUGUAGUGGUCGCGUAUUCCAUCUCCAGAGCUGGGGCCCGUUUCUCGAAAGAAUCUGGAAUAGUAGCAAAGUUCGUGGCUCACAAACCCGUCAAUUUUGCGUCGUUAACUUACAGUUUUUAUUGCGUGCAUCAUUUUCAAAAUAAUUCUUAAAACUUUGAUUUUUAUUGCAAACACGACAAACAUAAAACAGCUUUCCGGACCCGAAAAGUUUCGGGACUUUUGAGAAACGGGCCCCUGGGCCAACACUUCUGGCCUAGCUACUGCUUUAAAUAGCGAAGGUAUGCUGAGUGGGUAACCUGUGUUUAAACCCCGUCUAGAAAACCAACCACAUCGUGUCUUGGUAAGUUUGGUAAAACUGGCAAGAUCGUGCUGGCUGUGUUUAAGAUCAUGGGUCAAUUUAAUAAAAUUUUUAGUCUGGCCAUUUUUUUCAGACCGUAAAACAGUUGUUACACUUUUAAAUUACAGUUGAACAAGUUUUAUCUUGUCAUUGGGUGGUGACGUAAAGCCGUUAUGGCCUUGUCUCCUUCAUCCUUCUUUCAUCAGUAUACUCGAAGGGGCAACUGUUUGGAAAGAAUAAGGGGAGAUUUCCGCGAAUGUUUCUUCCUCUACCUCUGUUUCAGUUAUAGCGCACAUCGUACAGUUAGUUCAUAAAUGGGCCAGUGGCGAUGCCAGCUUUUAAUACCGGCUGGCCCUUCUCUUCGGGAGAGGGGAUUAGAGAGACGCAAAAAAGUGUUCUUGAUUAGAAAUGUUGCGACACUUAAAUAAGGUCGAUUUUUACCUUGCGCUUCUUAGCCUGCGAGAGCAGACGCAUUCUUGGCGGGUGAAACAAGAGCCGAAAAAGGCGUCUGCUCUCGAAGGCUAUGUAUAUCUUUGUCUUGUAUUAUUUUUCAGUUGCUCUGACGCACUUAGACGACCAGGAAAAUGCAAGACAUGCAUAUGAACAGGCAGCAAUGUUAGACAGGUAAGUCAAGUGUAGUAACGGUCGCCGGUGAUAAAAAGUAAAACUCUUUUUGUCCGACUGCCCUACUUGUUUCAAGACAGCUAUAACCAGUGCUAUGGAAAUGAUAAAAUCAAUUUCGACAGGAGCAUUUAUCCAAAGGAUAGCAUUAUCCACCUUUUGAACAACUGCAUCAUUCUGUAGGAUUCAAAAGAACUAAUUUUAUUGUGGAACGAGACAUCGAGGGCCUAUUAUCAGGAAAUUACAGUCAAACCCCGUUAAUACAACAUAUACGGACUCUGUGGGGGCCAUAGAAAUUAAGUGUCCGUAUUAACAGGGUGUCUGUAUUAAGUGGGUUGAAUUUAGAUAAAAUGUAAGGGCUUUUUUUCCCCAGGGACAAAGCAAACUGUCCGUAAUAAUAAGGUGUCCGUUAAGCGCGGAUUGACUGUAAAAGGAGUAACAAAAUUCAGUAAUAUAGGAACUGCUCCUGAGGUGUGUACUGAUUGGUCGCAGAAAACACUAACACAUUGUAUAUCAUUACUUCCCAUUGUUUCACGGUUAGGGUAUCGAGCCAAUUGGCCUUUAGGGUUAGGAGGUCUGCCAAAGACCCACAAAAUUUGCCGCCAUUAUGGGAUAAAGAUUGCGGAAUUUUGUUUAAGGUGACAAAAAGGUUUAAGGUCUAAAGUAUUACCUUUAUACAUUUGUUUUAGUGUAAAUGUUCAUUUUCAAACCUCGGAGUCGAUUAGUAAAUCGAUUCUUCUUUCUAUUUCCAGCACCGAUCCAUCGAUAAACUUGAAUUUUAGCAUCUUCCUCUACAACUCAGGGGAGCGAAAAGAAGCUGCAAAGCAAUUCAGUAUUUACGAAAAAAAGAUGGAAACCGCCAGAUCAGUUAAGGGGAGUGAUAUUGACCAAGAGGUACAUGUAUUUGCAUUAGGGCCUCUUUUCAUGGAGGUGGGGGACCCCAGAUAGGUGAGGUAACAUGUGGCGGGUCACCCCACCUAUCACGUAAACGUGAUCAAAUGGACAGGCGGGUUACCCCACCUAAGCGAGUCACCUCACCUUCCUGGGGUCCCCCACCUCCAUGUAAACAGGCCCCUUAGUUUCCAAAGAGAAUGCCUAGCCUGCGAGUAAGCUCUCUAUCUGGGGAAUCGCGGAAAGUCAUGCGAGAGCCGCACGCGAUAGGAACCACUCGCGCGUUUUCUCGCGCCUUCCUUCGCUCGCCAUAAUUGGAAAGCUUUCUCGCAGGCUAGAAAAUGCCAUCAUGAUUGGCCGGAAAACUAUUAAGCAAAUGAUUGCUACCUUGCCACUCGUCACUUUUGUAAUAACCAAUUUGACGCGCUUGACAAUUAUGGUCUGCACGAAAGUGAGAUUCAAUGCCAAGGUAAUCAGAGGCUUUCCUCUUUCUCUAAGUUAUCAAACUCGUUCUUGUGCUCCUGUCUCGCGCGUUAUUUUUCCAUGAGCCCGUCACACAGAACUCGGACCAUCGUGUUCGUGGUCAAACCCUGGCCAAGACAGAAUUGCUCGGAUUAGUUUUUAAUGCGGCUGCUGAUUUCAGUUAUAACUGCGACGGUUUCAUUGCAGUACUAAUACCAUAUUGAUUCGAUUAAGCGUCCUGGGAACGUAAUUAUUUUUGGGCCUUGAAAGUGGGCGCUUAUGCGAGGCUAAGCGCGUAUUUAAUUUUCACCACAUUCAGUAAGAAGUCAGCUUAUUUUUCAACAAAGUAAUGAAUAAUAACGAAAUGUGGAGUUACUACCAAACCAGAAUAUUAACCGUUUACCGAACGUUUUCUGUGAGAUACUAAGAAAACUCGGCCUUCGCGAAAGUCUCCUAGUAGUACUUAGUCAACUUCAAAUUCAUUGUCACCAAGGUCAAUAAGUAGUGAGGUUUAUUAGUAGGGUAACAAUCAAGGCACUCUAGUAUUUCUGGAGGGGUCGAGCUUUCAUAUUGCCUGUACGCCUGUGUGCGUACUUACUUUUCCAUCCACAGGGUGAGGUCGGGCGCUUAAUCGAAUAUACAGACGGUACCUCUUAAAUUGGGGCAUGACUGAGUGUAUUGGCAUGGUUCGCACGGGCCUUGAAAAGUCCUUGAAAAAGCAUCAUGUCCUUAAAAACUCCUUGAAAAUUGAAAAUUGUGGGACAUCCUUGAAAAGUCCUUGAAUUUUCCACAUAAGUCCUUGAAUAUUUGAAAGCUCUUUGAAUGAAAAUAACCUUUGUCAAAGCAAAGUUUUUCGCGCAAAGGAAAGAUUGAAAGCACAGCAGUAGGCAAAUUUUCUUGGUGAUCAUGAAAGUGUUUUCUUAUGAUUUUGGUGUUCCUGGCACAGUUCUCUGAGGGAAGGUAUUGCAAUGAGCAAUCCCCACUCCAACUUCGAAUUUGAAUAGAGAAUACUUCAUGGAAAGUGCUGGCGUACGGUAUUUACGCACGAGUUGUUGACGUAUCAGAAAUCUUACUCGUUCGCUGCGCUCACUCGUUCGAUUUCUGAUACAAAAACAACAAGUGCGUAAAUACCGUACAAAGCACUUUCCAUGUGGUAUUGUGUUUAUUAUAUACAUACUGAGACAUUCGUCAUUUUGGCGGCCUUUUGAUUUUAAAUCUUUCAAAAAUGCUAAAAUUUGCCGCUACAAUGAGUGAAUAUAAGUAAAAUGACCGGUUUUAAUAUAAGCUUAAGCUUAAAUGAAAGGCAAAGUAGCUCCGACAAAAAGCACAACAAAAGCUUACGUCUCGUUCUGUUUUUCCCUUUCUGCUGUUGUUUCGCCGGCUCUCUACCGUUUUCUUUAUCGACAGUGAAACAAACGAAACUAUUCCACUCCAUUUCCGAAGUGUUUUUCACUUUUUUAGCUAGAAAAACUCUUUAAGUAAAACUUUUCUCGUUGAAUGUGUGCGAAGCGGCGCUGCAAGCUGCAAUAAAAGGCGGGAAUUUUGGCGAGAAACUCACACACCUCUUUGGCUUCUGAUUGGAUGUAUCAUUUUUCUCACACGUGAAAAAAACAUCGUUGGCGAUUCUGAUUGGACGUAUCAUUUAUUUUUACGUGUGAAAACCAUCGUUCGCUCCUCUGAUUGGCUAGAACUAAUUUGCGUACGAAAAUUUACGACAUAGCUUUUUGGUGAGUAUUUCUCAGUAUGUAUAUAAUAAAGGUCUUUUCUUCAUGUCAUUCUAUGUCAAAUUAAAGAAGUCCUUGAAAAAAUUAUUUUGGUCCUUGAAAAGUCCUUGAUUUCCCCCCCAAAAUUCUGUAUGAACCAUGAUUAGGUUAGGUGCAUGAGACACUUGAGAAGAUCGCAGCAUGAAUCAACUGCCAAUCCAGACUGCAAUUUAUAAAAAUCUACUCCUCUUCCAUCCGUAAUUCAUCAGUUGGGCUAUUCGGAACAUGAGUAGCCCGGAGCUUCAAUACUGCGUUUAGCUAAAGGUGAAACUAGACUGGUCAGCUGCGACUGUGCAUGCGUUACCCAUGCCUCAGUCUUUUUGUGUGCCAGGACACUGAUAAUUUACAUUAACCUAAACGAAUCGUUUUACUCUGCUAACACAUUGGAGAGACUACAGCAAAGAAAAUAGGGAACCGAAACGGAUGUCAUCAUGCUUUUCCUUGCUGCUGAACGAAUCACUAUUUUUCAUUGUUUACUCUUUUCCCCUUUAGCUUGUUGAUGUGGCCAGCAAACUCGGUCCGUCUUUGCAAGUGGGAGAAAGUCUGGUGUGGGACGCAAGGAGUUCUGGGCAGUCAUCACGUGGGGCACAGCAGCAGCAGCAGUCCCAGGGUCCGUCAGGGCCCGGCUCUCUAGCUAGUAGCAGCACGUCCUUUCAAGAUGAUGGUUCUUUUGUUUAG